UGCUUCCUCUAAUGAGUCCGCUAAUGGGUCCGUCAGGACCUCCCGGGUCUCCAUGGAAACAACGCGUCACGACUCUCGCAGGAGGGGGCUAGGGGGCUCGGCGGUCGGUAUAAGAGCAGAGAUCAGAACCGUUUUAGACGGACUCUGCAGCUCCGGUGAGUCCAGACUGUCUGCUGAUCCGAACCGGACUUCAUGGCUGGGCGCGGCAUGCUAAACGAGGACGAGCAUCAGUUCUACACCUGCAACAGUGAUCCCGAAUCCUGGAUCACACCCAGGCAGAGAGAAGCUGCUCGUGAACGGAGGCUGAGUGAUGAUUCCCGUCCCCGGGUCGUCCGUCGGAUCUUCACUAACAGUCGUGAGCGAUGGCGGCAGCUGAAUGUUAACGGGGCAUUCGCCGAGCUGCGGCGCCUCAUCCCGACCCAUCCCCCUGACAGGAAGCUCAGCAAAAACGACAUCCUGCGCCUCGCCCUCAGGUACAUCAGCUUCCUGGACCAGAUCCUGACCGAUCAGGACCAUGAGGACCGUCAGGGCCUUGCUGGGAACCUGUUAGAGGAUGGACUGCAGGGGGCGCUGUCACCAAACUACAGCUGCCAAAGCUCAAAUGAAGGAGACUCUGAUGGUCUGAUGGAGGAGCAGACCGGACUGCAGCACCUCCACCUGCGAUCCAGAUGAGGAGUUAUGAAGGAGCCAAGCUGACCACCAAGGCUGAAAAGCAACAGAGCGUAUCAGAGUUGUUUACAAAGAUAAAUAAACAACUCUUAGAACAUAUCAUGAAAUCUCAAUAAGCGAAAAACAUCCUUAAAUAUAAGAGUUAGAACGAUGGGAGUUUCCUAGAAUGGUGAUGAUGGUGAUGAUGGUGGUGGUGAUGGUGAUGAUGGUGGUGAUGAUGAUGAUGGUGGUGAUGAUGGUGGUGAUGAUGAUGAUGGUGGUGAUGAUGGUGGUGAUGAUGAUGAUGGUGGUGAUGAUGGUGACGCUCUGAGUCAGAGAAUCGUCUCGUGUGAUAUUCACAUUUAUUUGUGGUCUAAAGUUUUAGAAGAAAAGUUUGAAGUUCUGCGGUCCAGCAGAAGAUCCUGUAACCAGAUUCUGUUUCCUUUGUUUUAAAGGAACUUUGGUGCCUUAAAACUUUCCAUUCAUGUGUAAAACCUCCUUUUUAUGUCUGUUUCUCUGCUUAGUUUCUAUCUUUGACUGAGAUUUUUUUACCUGUGAAAACAAACAGAUGAAUAAAUUAAGAUUUUGUCGAUUCAUCAGCGUUGUAAUUAAUUAGAUAGUUUUUGCUCUGAACAAGGCAAGGUGAGUUCUCGUUUACCUUACUGGGUGGGCGUGAGCGGCCCAGAUCUGUCAGCUCUGGGCCGCUCAACAGCUGAUGAAGACGCGUCACGCAAACAUCGGUGACACUUCUGAUGAAGACCGCAGUCGUCGGUCGAAACAUGUCAAGGUAAAUGAGAACUCACAACACGACCUUACAUGUCUGGAGCAAUAAGAUUCUUAUUUAUUGUCUACGAUAAUAAACAUUAUAAAUUGUU